GAAACAUUGAACAGAAAAAGACUUUUCUUUUUUUUUCUUCUACCUCAUUCUCUCAGCAUAAAUAUUACAUUUUCUCUGUCUAUUUUUAAUCUUCUCUCUGUCUAUUAUGUUUUACCCUCUCUCUCUCUCUCUUAUCAUCAUCAUCAUCAUCAUCAUCAUCCUCCUUCUCUUCCUCUUUCUGUCAAAAUUUACGAAUCGAUUCCCGAUGUAAAAGAGUAAGAAAAACAAAAACAAACACCAAUCACUUUUUUCUGCCUAUUCACAUAUUCCCAUGCAAUUUAUCAGCAUGAUAAAUAUACGUAAACAAAUUAAGUAACAAUCAGUUAAUCAUUUUGUAAUCAAUUCUAUGGUAACAUAAUUAUUAUUAUUAUAUUGUGAAUAUUUAAACAUUUACCAAGAGGAAACGUUUAACCAAAAACCAGAAAACAAAGUAACAUUAGUUAAUUUGUAUUCGUUAAAUUAAAUGAUUGUCACUUCCGUGUCUUAAUUGUGAUUAGUAUUAGCAAUUGAUAGUUAAUUGUGGAUUAAAAAUUUAAUUAUUUGUGCCUCUCAACAUGUUACAAUCAACAAGCUACACUCAACAAGUUACCAUGUUAUUGGCUAAGUGUUACUUUGCUUACCUUUCAUGUUUUCACCUUUAAUUGUUACAAUUAAUAUAAUUAUGAUCUGGAAGUGGCUCAUAGAUGAUUUGUAAUCAUCUUGAUUACAAAUUAAAUCCAAACAAUUAACUCAAUUUUUAUAUAUAAUGUCUCCAUUUGUUUACUUCUUUGCUGCUCUAUUUUUAUUAUUCAUUGGUAACCUAAUUUUCCGAGCUUGUUUUCCAGAAGAUUUACUUUCAGAUUCUGAUCUGGAGGAAUCUGAUUUAUAUGUGAGAUGUAAACCUGGACGAUUAAAUAAAUUGUGUAAAGUAACUAAAUUCAAUAAACAAGAAAUUCGUAAAUUGUAUCAAGGAUUUAAACAGGAAUGUCCUUCAGGAUUGGUAACUGAAGAAGCGUUUAAAGCAAUAUUUGCUCACUAUUUUCCUCAAGGAGAUUCAUCAAUAUAUGCCCACUAUGUGUUCAAAACCUUUCAAAAUGCAGCCGGAAAUAAAGGAAGACUUAAUUUCGAGAUACUUGGUGUUCCCAAAAUAGAUGCUCCAGUUGAAGCGACUCAAGAGGCCAUCAAUCGCUACGAGAAGUAUGCUCUUUUCUUUCGUACCUUGUUGCACGGAUUCCGUCAGUAUGGUCAAGGUAAAGAUCAAUAUAGUAACUCAAAGGAUGUGACACUUUCAACGUCAAGUCUUCAUGCAAACUUGCCAUUUGACCUUAAGAAUUGGAGUAUUCGGCUGGCAUCGGCCGUAAACUUUGUUCGCUUCGUUAGUUUGAUAUUCAUCAAGGACGAAGCUACUCUCAUCUAUCUUGGGGAUAAUGUUUUCCGGUCAAAAGAUCGUAUAUCAAUAUGUAUGUUGAAUCUUUUCUCAAUAACGGUGUCAAUGCUCGUUCGUGAAGCUUUCUUACGUAGCGAAGCUCAAAAUCAUUGUACUGUUCUUGCAGAUUAUGACUAUGUUCGUACUCAUGGCUUCAACUCUUCACAUCUUAAAAUGACCACAGCUCAGACUAAACAGUUCCAGUUGACUGUCCACUUUUUACUCAACCUUUAUAAUCGUAUAAUUACCUGUAUGGUUCCAUUUAUAGCGAUCUUGUACAAUAUACCCUUUUUUACCAAUCCUUACACAUAUCAAAUAUCAUCUCUGGCGAUUUAUGGUACUCUCUGGUCUUUUACUCACACUUGGUCAGUUGUUUUCCUUGCGAAUGAGAUGUUAACAACCUCUGGUUACAUGUUUCUCAUUUGUGCUAUCCACUACUAUCGUAUACAGUCAGUUGUUGAGCAAUCAAAAUCCAUUCCUAACGAGUCUAAUCUAUCAAUUGGCCCUCAUAACGAUACUUACAUAGCUAAUGACGACUUCAAGGAGUAUCGAGAGCUCAAGAGUAGAGAUAAAACUGAUGGAACAAUGUUCCGGCGAGUUAAAAGAUCAAAAGUUUCACAAACUUGUUCUUCGGAAUCAUUUCUAUCAACUAUUCACAGAGAUAUUGAAAUUAUCGCUAAUCACGAUCUAAAAUGUGCUCAGUUUACGCCGAAUUAUGAGAUAAUUGUCAAUUGGGCUACGAAUCUUAUCGGCAAUUGGACUCAUCGCUUCAAUAUCUAUGAAUUUGACUUUAAGCGACUGCGAUAUUUGGUCUUAUAUUAUUUUACGGUGGUCGCUUUUAUGGCUGAUCUGUUCAUCUUCUUGGGCGUAAUCAUCGUUGCUCAUUCCCGAUUAGUCGCCAACAUGUAUGCAGUAUUAGGCUUACUAGUGCUAACCCUUUCUGCUAUUGGUUGCUACUUUGUAGGUGAUUUCAUGACAAAGCUUGAAACAUUACACAGACGAUUCCAUUCAAUCUGCUGUGAAACCAGAUUACCAAUUAAUAUCAGAUUAAAGAUACUUGAAAUAAUGGAUCGGUCUCUUGGACCAUAUAAUGGGAUUAAAGUUGGUGAUUUAGCAACAAUUACGCAAAGUUUUUUCAUAAUUUUCAUGUUGGAAAUUGCAGCGACUUUCAUGCUAUUUGUUUGUAACAUUCGUGGGCUAUUUGAGCAAUAACUCCCGUUCGUUAAUAAUUGGUUUAAUUGCCAUUUAAUUUCAAUAACCUAAAAUCAACCCAAUGUCAA